AUGCUCCUCGCCUUUGUCCUUGUCUUCGUGGCCCUCCCGGCCUCCCUCGCCUUUCCCUUCACGACCGACGCAGACAUUGCCCGCGCCAACAACUUGGACUAUGUCCUACUCGUGGCAGCCUUUUCGCUCCUCUCCCUCUUCCUUUACCUCUCUGUUGUCGCACGAUUCGUCGGCUCAAAGGCCAUGCACAGCUGGAUGACCAACCGGCUCGAGGAGGUAUGA